UGUUAUACAUUUUUACUAAACAUUGACAAAAAAAAAAAAAAUUAAAACUAUUUUUUUGUUUUGGAUAUUUUUGAUCCAAAUAGCUGAACUAUGCAUAUAAUUAUUUUUGUGAGCAUAUUAAACUCCCAAAAGAAGAAAUCCCAUCAGGCAAAUUAAAGAGUUAGCUUAAAACAGACGCAAAUUGGCGCUAGUCAAUACAUUACACACAAAUUAACACACGACUAUAGCGUGUCGAGAUAGCAAAGUGUCCAAUGAUUGCAUACAAAUUUGCACUUGGCGAGAACCUGCACACACACACGAGCAACGAAGCUGCGACGCAUGACCCAGCAUCAACGGAUUGUGGAGGUGUGGGCUGCUUGGGUGCUCUUCAUCAGUGCUGUUGCCGCUGCCAUUCACAAUUUAGAGUGACAUAAUUUACGCGGUUGCUGUUAGCAUUAGCCUCCCCCAACCCCAACUCAACGUUAAUCUUGCGGAAUACAGAAGAGUAUUGUACGUGAACUGCCGCAUAGAUACAGGGCACUGGAUUCAGUUUCAAUAGACUGAAAGCUUCGAUCAGUUACAAUCCAAAAGUCAGAAAAUAUCAACAGAUUAGUCACAUACUUGCUUCGAGCAACUGCCCAAAAAUAUUCAGAUACUUAUCGUAUUCCCGAUGUCCCGUUCCAGCUCAAUAGAACACAAAGCUCGGAAUUCAGUCCAAUCACCCCUCCCGGUACGUCAGAUCCAACCAUGUGAAGCCAUCUGUCCACUGGCCCGGCGUCUGCCGGUUAAGGCACUGCGUGCUUGUUUUUUGCGCAACAUGAAUCAACAUUUUGGCGGCGUUUCGUUGCCCGUGUCCAAGAAACGGUACCAAGCAUUUCAGGUGCUGCUGGAGGCAAUAACAGUGGCAUUUCGCCCUCAUGUUUUCCUCAAGUCAGCUAUAACCCGCAUUUACCGAAUCAAUGGCACCCAACUGCUAUCUAUAGACGACUUCUACGAGGGCGACAUUGUGAUCUGCUGCUGUCAGUACGAACCCUUCGUGGAUGUGGGCUACAACGUCAGUACGCACUAUAUGCGGAUACUGGGCUCUCUCAUUCGAAUGCGUGGCAAAAUGGUGCCAAUUGAAAAGAAAGUGGUUCCCCAAACAGACGCUGAUGGCAUUAUUAACUACGACAGAUCGCGGCUGCCUCAAGCCAUACUUUUAUACAUAGACAUAACCAAGCCAAUCUGGGUAAACAAGUCGACGGUCAUAUUCGAGGGAUCUGGCAGAGCCCGAAAGGAUAAGCAUUAUAUCAUCAAAAUGGUGGACAAGGAGCACAUGUGUUCGCGAACAAAUGGCACCUACUUUGAGAUUGAAAUCUUGCGUAAGCUGCAGGAUCACCCGAAUAUCAUCGAUCUAAUAUACACUGUGGAGCAGCUCAAAUACAUUUACAUUGUUAUCGAGCGGCUUGAGUGUGAUCUGUUUGAGCUCCUGCAGAGAAAGAAACGUUUUCCGGAAACGCUGGUCAAAAAAAUUAUGGGGGACGUGAGCAAAGGUCUGGCGUAUAUUCAUGCUUGUCAGAUAAUCCAUCGAGAUUUGAAGCUGGACAAUUUAUUAGUGCAAUUCGACUUCUCGGUACCCUUAGAUCCCGUAGUGAAGGUGAUCAAGAUAAGUGACUUUGGCUUGGCCACUUAUUACAAGGGUCGAGAGCUUUAUCAAUGUUGCGGAACGCCACACUAUAUGGCGCCUGAGCUGAUUAACUUUACGGGGUAUGAAUUUUCUGUGGACUUGUGGUCGCUGGGCGUCACAUUCUACUAUAUGUUGUUCGGUCGGCUGCCUUUCGCGCAUUCCGAGAGUGAUCCCGUCACUGUUCAGGAGUUCAUUCGAAGGAAUAACUACCAAAUACCGCCCGACUGGAAGAUGAAGAUCAGUCCUCAGGCGCAGCAGCUUGUCAAAUCACUUUUAGUGAAGUUGCCGCAAUAUCGAUUGUCGGCUAUCGAGGUUUGCCAACACCCAUUUCUACUGAACAGGCGAAGCGGUUCUUUAUAAGUUUAGAAGCUGUCAGAAACUUCACUCUUUUACUCAUUUUAAAUUAUUGACCCCACGCCUCAAAAUAAUUGAAAAACAAA